GGUUGGAGUGGUCACGUGAUGACUGCCUUCUCAUGACGUGUAGCCUGGAAGGUACUGCCCACUGCUAGUAUUUUCCAGCCUGCUGAAGAGAGAUAGGAAGUGUUUCUAAGGUGAUAACAUCUGACCGGUUGCUAUGGUGAUUUGAAGUCACAGGAAGAUGGCGGCGCCCAACAAGUCCAAGGCGCUGUUUGUGACCCAGGACGGUGUGCCCAUGCGGUUCUAUGUCCGGCCUGGACCCAAUAAGCGGCAGCUGGCCCCUCUCAUCACACAAGGAGGAGGUGUGGUGUGUCGUAUCCAGGAGCCCGGGGCCUUCCUCUUGGCCGACCCCACCGAAGACCAACUGGGCCCCGGCUACAUCUCCACCUCCUUCAUCACCGACUGUGUGAGCAGCAACCGCAGCUUUUCCCCCCGGUCUUACCGUCUACUGCCUCUCAAGACUGGAACGGGCCUAUUGAGAAGCUUAACUUCUAGAUUCUCCACUGUCCCAUGGGGAGAGACCGAGGAUCUCAAAGGAAAAGCUACUGUUGUUCCAACUAGCAAUACGGAGGGCCAAAAGGAAAAUGCCACCACUUCAGUGGCCACCAGAGAUGGGACGACUGGGGAAAGAGAGGACAACAUGGAGCAGAUGGGAAAUCUUAGCCCAGAGUGGGCUCAGGAAGAUGAUCAGGGCCACAAAGAAAGUUCUCCUGUUGACCUGGCCAACAAAGAAGAGGCUGACGCACAGGGCAGUACUGAAACCUGCACCUCUAUGGUGGCCACCACAAAAGAAGCAACUGGGGAGAGAGAGGACAAUGGGGAGAAGGAGGUUACAAGCUCUAGAAGGACCCAUGCAGAUAAGGAGGGCCACAAAGGAAGGUCUGCUGUUCACCUGGCCAACAAAGAAGAGGCUGACGCACAGGGCAGUACUGAAACCUACACCUCUAUGGUGACCACUACAGAAGAAGAAAAUGGGGAAAGAGAGAACAAUGAGGAGAAGAAGGGGUUUACUAGCUCUAGAAGGGCCUAUGGAGGUAAGGAGGGCUACAAAGGAAGGUCUGAUGUUGACCUGACCAACAAAGAAGAGGCCACCACACAGGGCAAUAGUGAAACCUGCACCUCUAUGAUGACCACUACAGAAGAAGCAACUGGGGAGACAGAGGACAAUGGGGAGAAGAAGGGAUUUACUAGCCCUAAAAUGGCACAUGCAGAUAAGGAGGGCAACAAAGGAAGUUCUGCUGUUGACCUGACCAACAAAGAAGAGGCUGACGCACAGGGCAGUAGGGAAACCUGCACCUCUAUGGUGGUCACCACAGAAGAGUCAACCAAGGAGAAAGAGGACAAUGGACAGAAUAAGAGGUCUACUAGCCCUAGAAGGGUCCGUGGAGAUAAGGAGAGCCACAAAGGAAGUUCUGCUGUUGACCUGUCCAACAAAGAAGAGGCUGACACACAGGGAAAUGGGGAAUCCUGCACCUCUACGGUGACCACCACUAAAGAGACAACUGGAGAGAGAGAGGGCAACAUUGAGAAAAUGAUCGGGGCCUCUCGAGAAGAAAGCAGCAAAAGCCCUGCUUCAAAAAGUACAAUUCCAACCAAACCAGCCUCUGAGUGUAGAGAGGACCUCAAAACUGAUGUGUGUACAGCUUCAUCUAGAGACGGCCCCGGCAUGGAAGUGGCCACUGAAGAUAAAAGGGUUGAAAAGAAUACUGAGGGAACUGCUGCUGCUGCUCACAGUACAUCUAGAACUCAAAAUAAGCCCCUUUCUGUAGGAAAGAUGGAUGUAGAACAGACUCUUAAUGUAGAUGAGAACUAUAGUUCACUAAUCAUUCCAGAUCCUAGAACCAGCACGCCAGAUCCUGGGAACCCCAAUACUGUAAAGGACUUAGAGGCUGAUACAACAGAUGUCAAUGCCCUCAUGAAAGAUGAAGAAUCUCAUCUUGUGACACAGUUUAGGAGGCCAAAAAGGAAAGUGGCAAGCAUAACUAGGUUUGGCAAUGGAGAAAACCAGCAUAGUCCAAACAUGAAGCAAAGGCAAGCUGAGAAGACGACAGACGUGCAAGUAAAACCCGGGAAUGAGACACAGAUGUCUGUUGAUGAGAAGCACUAUGGUCCGGUAGAGGAGAGUCACCGCGCUGAAUCACCAGCUGGGCAGAUGGAGCAUCCUAAAGAAGGUUCCCCAAAGAAAUACACUGCCAAGGAACUGGACAGACAAAGUGUAGAGAGCCAGCAGGUUCAAGCAGUUAUUCCACUUCAGGGUCACAAGGCAGCCAAUUCCCUGCGACAAGGGAGAAUGGCCUUCACCAAAGAGGAAGACUUGGCCAUCUUGGUCUAUAUUCGAGAUAAUGCUUCCUCCAGCUGUACAGUCACUGGCAAUGUACUGUGGAAGGAUAUGGAGAAGAAAGAUGUGCUUAGGAGGACCUGGCAGUCCACGAAAGCACGCUAUGUUAAGUACCUUGUUAAUCACAAGUAUAAGUACAAGUUACCUCCCAAAUGCUCUACUUUCUCAAGCAAGAACUCUAGUUCAAAGAGAAUGCAUGAAUCUGAUAGAACAAAUGCUUCAUGGCUUAACUGUGCUUCGACUUCCACUAUUACUCCUAAUAAUUGUGAUGCCACCCAUCCUAGUGCCCCUGUUGAUAUUCCUCAGAUUUGUGAUACCACCCAACCUAGUGCCUCCGCUGAUAUUCCUCAGAAGUGUGAUACCACCCAACCCAGUGCCUCCGCUUAUAUCCCUCAGAAUUGUGAUGCCAUCAAACCCAGUGCCUCCCCUGUUAUCCCUCAGAAUUGUGAUACCACACAACCCAGUGCCUCCUCUGAUAUCCCUCAGACUCGUGAUGCCAUCAAACCCAGUGUCUCAGCUGAUAUCCCUCAGAAUUGUGAUACCACCCAAUGCAGUGCCCCAACUGAUAUCCCUCAGAACUGUGGUACCAUCCAACCCAGUGUCUCAACUGAUAUCCCUCAGAAUUGUGAUUCUACCCAACCUAGUGUCUCCACUGAUAUCCCUCAGAAUUGUGGUCCUACCCAACCCAGUGCCUCAGUUGAUAUCCAUCAGCAUUGUGAUCCUAUCCAACCUAGUGGUUCCCCUUGGAAAAAUGGCACUAUGCUUCCCACUGCAUCUGCUAUUACCCCUCGGAGAUCUGACAUCAUGCCACCCACUGCUUUUGCUGUUGCCCCUCAAAAUUGUGUAACCAUGCUACCCAGUGCUUCUAUUGAUACCCCUCAGAAAAAUGACACUAUGCCACCCACUGCUUCUGCUUAUACCCAUCUGAGCUGCAAUGUUACACGGUAUGAAGCCUUCACUUCUGCUAAUACACUGGAGACUAAUAUUGCCUCAAAGGAACAAUACAUUUCAACACCCAGGAAGAGGUCAUCUGAUCCAACAAAUGAUAAUGAGUCUUCAACGGAAGAGAAAGGUAAUAAGAUGUUGCCUUUGCCUCAUUCCCCCAAGACUGUUCGUCCAGGUAGGGAAGACUCCGGCGAUUCUGAAGAUCUGCAUAUAUUUGAGGCUGCAAACCUGGAAUUUGAGGAGACUGAUGACAACCCAAGUCCUAAACAGCCGGCUCCAGUGGUCAGCCAGACUGAGAACAACAACAGUACAUCACAUGUGGAUGAAACGCCCUCCACGUCACAGCCAUCUGAUAGCGAAGGCCUUCAGGAAGCCAUGAUUGAUAUGAUGAGAGAGUUUAAGCUUGAUGUCUCUCUUGUAACACAAGCCUUCUUUUAUAACAGCGGAGAGCUGGGCAGUACCAGACACUUCCUGCGUACAGGCUCCCGUCCUGAUGGCUAUCCUAUUUGGGAGCCAAAGGAUGACUUGGACUUAAAGAAGAACAACCCAAAGAUGCAAUCACGUCUGAUUAAUAAAUAUGGUGCAGAUAAUGUUGCUAGAAGAGUGGCUUUCCUGGCAAGUUAGCAUCAUUUACACUCAUACUCUUUGGGUAGAAUGGUGUGUCAAGUGCAGUAAUCCACAGUAAGCAAUGAGAUUAGUGAGAUUAAUUUCGAUUGGUUGCUAUGAAUCGCUGUACUUUUCACAUCAAAAUUACAGUCCCUCUUACCAAACCUGCGGGUGCCAUUGCUUGCAGAUUUACAUGUUUCACGCCUUUCAUUAUUGAAUGGACGAUAUUGUUGUUUUUAAUAUGUCACUAUUAUAUAAGUAAAAAAUGCUCCCAGUAAAGAAGACCUUGGGGGAGAUUUACUAUAACUGGAGAGUGCAAAAUCUGGUGCAGCUCUGCAUAGAAACCAAUCAGCUUUCAGGUUUUAUUGUCAAAGCUUAACUGAACAAGCUGAAGUUAGAAGCUGAUUGGCUACCAUGCAGAGCUGCACAUGAUUUUCCACUCCCCUGUUUUAAUAAAUCAUCCCUCAUUGAAUAGGUUUUGCCUAUCUGUGCUGCAGUGAACAGAAACCACUGAUUUAAUAUUUUACACACCCAGACACUUCCUGGAGUGUCAGAUACCUUGUCCUCCCGUCAGAUACCUUGUCCUACCCCCUGUGUCCUGUAGAGAGUAGCAGAGGACCUAGAAAUUGACACUCCACGAAGUGUCAAAUUUUGCAGUUUCUUCCGUCGUUUUCUUUUUUUUUUUAUCACUACAGCAAAGACGGGCAGAAUGGGCAGCACAAGCAUCGAGCAUUCAGUGUCUUCUUCACUUGGAACUGUUUUAAUAAAUAAAUAAAAAUGUAUUUUAGUGACAGAGUUGCUUUAGCUUUGUUAAAUAAUAAUAUUGUUUCGUUUUAUACGUUUUCAAGUAAAGUUUAAAUGUGUUUUA